AUGGCGACUGUCGCUGAGAAUCGCUAUGGCAAAGAAGGUGUGCGCCUUGUACGAGUGCAUCGUUCCCCAUACAAUGGAAAUACGUUCGAUGAAUGGACAGUACGUGUUCUCCUCGAAGGUGAUUUUGAUAGCAGCUAUACUGAAGCUGAUAAUUCCAAAUUAUUGCCAACAGAUACAAUGAAAAAUACUGUUUAUUAUUUGGCUCAACGUACACGUGCCACAGCAAUAGAAGAUUUCGCAAAAGAACUUGUUGAUUAUUUAAUUAAACAUCAUUCUCAAAUAUCGGCUGUUAACGUUGAUGUUGAUCGUAAAUCGUGGACAAAUAUUGUGACAUCAAAUAAUGUUCGUCAUCCAACAGCAUUCACCCAAGGAAGCAAUGAAGUACAAUUUACAAAUGUUAGACGUCCAAGACAUGGCAAUUUUACCAUUGCAUCUGGCUUGAGAGAUUUGAAGGUAAUGAAAACGGCUGACUCAAAUUUUGUUCGAUUCUACAGAGAUAAGUUAACAACGUUGGCUGAUUCAACUGAUCGUCUUUUCGGCACAAGUGUUCUUGCUACUUGGACAUUUGAGGAUGCAUCAGCAAUCACGGAUUACGAGAAAACUCGUCAACAAAUUCGCUCAUUAAUGCUUGAUUUAUUUGCUGCACAUCAAUCGGAAAGUGUUCAACAUACAUUAUAUGCUAUGGGUAAACUUGUUUUAGAUAGUGUAAAAUCAGUCAAUAAAAUUCAAUUAACCAUGCCAAAUCUUCAUUGUUUACCGGUUGAUUUAAGUCGUUUUGGUGAAGAAAAUAAAAAUGAAAUAUUCAUGCCUAUUGACGAACCUCAUGGCUAUAUACAAUGUGCAUUAACAAGACCGCCGCCAAAAGCAGCACUUUCAUCGAAACUUUAA